CAUAGUCUCCAGCUUCAAGCUCUAUAUAUCUCUCUGCUUCUUUAGCUUUUUAUCCCAAAAAAAAAAAAAAGAGAAAAGAAAAUCUUCUUGAAGAACACCCAUUAGCCAUUCCAUCAAGAAAAUGAGAGAAAUUCUCCAUGUUCAAGCAGGGCAAUGUGGCAACCAAAUUGGUAGCAAGUUCUGGGAGGUUAUGUGUGAGGAACAUGGCAUUGAUGCCACAGGAAGUUAUGUUGGGAAUUCUCACCUUCAACUGGAGAGGGUGAAUGUUUACUACAAUGAAGCCAGUGGUGGGCGCUAUGUCCCCAGAGCAGUGUUAAUGGACCUUGAGCCUGGCACCAUGGACAGCCUGCGCACAGGUCCUUAUGGGAAACUGUUUAGGCCUGACAAUUUUGUCUUCGGCCAAAAUGGUGCUGGAAACAAUUGGGCCAAGGGCCAUUACACUGAGGGAGCUGAACUCAUCGACUCUGUUCUUGAUGUUGUUCGUAAAGAGACUGAGAAUUGUGAUUGCUUACAAGGGUUCCAGAUUUGCCAUUCACUGGGGGGUGGAACAGGGUCUGGGAUGGGGACAUUGCUGAUAUCAAAGAUCAGGGAAGAAUAUCCAGACAGGAUGAUGUUGACUUUCUCAGUGUUCCCCUCUCCCAAGGUCUCUGAUACUGUGGUGGAGCCCUACAAUGCAACCCUCUCUGUGCACCAGCUAGUUGAAAAUGCCGACGAGUGCAUGGUCCUUGACAAUGAAGCCCUAUAUGAUAUCUGUUUCCGAACCCUCAAGCUCACAAAUCCAAGCUUUGGUGAUCUUAAUCAUUUGAUCUCAACAACCAUGAGUGGAGUAACAUGUUGCCUUCGCUUCCCUGGCCAACUAAACUCUGAUCUCCGCAAACUAGCAGUCAAUCUGAUCCCAUUCCCACGCCUACACUUCUUCAUGGUUGGUUUUGCACCCUUAACUUCUCGUGGCUCACAGCAAUAUAGAGCACUCACCAUCCCUGAGCUCACUCAGCAAAUGUGGGACGCCAAAAACAUGAUGUGCGCCGCCGAUCCGCGCCACGGAAGGUACCUAACGGCCUCGGCUAUGUUCCGUGGCAAAAUGAGCACUAAGGAAGUUGAUGAACAAAUGAUAAAUGUACAAAACAAGAACUCCUCCUACUUUGUUGAGUGGAUACCUCAUAACGUUAAAUCAAGUGUUUGUGACAUUCCACCAACUGGGUUAACAAUGUCUUCCACAUUCAUGGGGAAUUCGACGUCGAUUCAAGAAAUGUUUAGGCGUGUUUCGGAGCAAUUCACGGUCAUGUUUAGGCGAAAGGCAUUUUUGCAUUGGUAUACCGGGGAGGGGAUGGAUGAGAUGGAGUUUACAGAGGCCGAAAGUAACAUGAAUGAUUUGGUUUCGGAGUAUCAGCAAUACCAAGAGGCAGCUGCGGAGGGGGACGGGGAGGAGGAGGAGGAGGCGGAGAAUUAAGGGGUGUGUAUUUUUUGGGUUUGGCCAUGUGUCAUGGCAAGGGGAAUAUGUUACGUUUGAGCACCUUCUAAUUUGACCUUUGGUUGUGAAUAAGGUGUUGUUUUGUGUAUUUAUGUUGUGAAUUUGUGAUUGUCAUUAUUUAUGUAAAUGUGAAGUUGUGAGGAGACAAAAAGGAGAAUAAUGAUAUCAUUUGUGAGUAUAAGUUUUGUACGUAUAUCAAAAAGUUUAGUGACUCUUUUAUUUGA